GGUUAUAUUGUCACUCUCUGUGAAACUACAAUUUUCUCAAAUUCGUCGUUGCACUCGAAUGCUUCUCUCUCUCUCCGAACGAUCUGUACACACAGAUCGAUAAUUGAUUCAACUGAAUAAAGAUUUAUCAAUCAAUCAAAAAUUUCUGUAAAUUUCUCUCUCAAGCUUGAAUUUUUGCCUCCCAUGGCUCCUCCAGCUCAAUCUCAGCGAUCUCCCUCACCUUCUCAGCCGUCCGGUAAAGGAGAGGUCUCGGAUCUGAAAAUUCAGCUCCGGCAGCUCGCUGGAAGCCGAGCGCCGGGGAGUGAUGACUCGAAGAGAGAGCUCUUCAAGAAAGUAAUCUCAUACAUGACAAUUGGCAUUGACGUGUCAUCGCUCUUCAGCGAGAUGGUGAUGUGCUCUGCUACAUCAGAUAUUGUUCUCAAGAAAAUGUGUUAUUUGUAUGUUGGGAAUUACGCAAAAGGCAAUCCAGAUCUGGCGCUUCUAACAAUAAAUUUUCUUCAGAGGGAUUGUAAGGACGAGGAUCCAAUGAUCCGGGGGCUUGCUUUGAGAAGUUUGUGUUCAUUGCGAGUGGCGAAUUUGGUGGAGUACUUGGUGGGGCCGCUGGGAUUGGGGUUGAAAGAUGGGAGCAGUUAUGUGAGGACGGUGGCUGUCAUUGGGGUUUUGAAGUUGUAUCAUAUAUCGUCUGCAACUUGUGUUGAUGCAGAUUUUCCGGCAAUGCUUAAACAUUUGAUGCUUAACGAUCCAGAGACUCAGGUAGUUGCAAAUUGUUUGUCUGCCCUACAAGAGAUAUGGAGUUUGGAAGCAAGUACAUCUGAGGAAGCAUCAAGGGAGAGAGAGGCAUUGCUUAGCAAGCCAAUGAUAUAUUACCUUUUGAACCGGAUCAAGGAAUUCAGUGAAUGGGCACAAUGUAUUGUCCUUGAAUUGGUAGCUAAAUAUGUACCCUCAGACGGCAAUGAGAUAUUUGACAUCAUGAAUCUUCUUGAAGAUAGGCUUCAACAUGCAAAUGGUGCCGUUGUCUUAGCAACCAUUAAGCUCUUUAUGCAAUUGACAUUGUCUAUGAAUGAUGUUCAUCAGCAGGUGUACGAGCGUAUCAAAGCACCUUUGCUUACCCUAGUGAGCUCAGGAAGUCCGGAGCAAUCUUAUGCAGUAUUAAGCCACCUGCAUCUUUUGGUGAUGCGUGCACCUAUGCUAUUUUCCUCAGACUACAAACACUUCUAUUGCCAAUAUAAUGAUCCAUUUUAUGCUAAGAAAUUGAAGCUUGAAAUGUUGACUGCAGUGGCCAACGAGAACAAUACUUAUGAAAUUGUGACAGAAUUAUGUGAAUAUGCUGCAAAUGUUGAUAUUCCGAUGGCAAGAGAGUCAAUUAGGGCUGUUGGUAAGAUAGCUCUGCAGCAGUAUGAUGUGAAUGCCAUUGUUGAUAGGUUGCUUCAGUUUCUGGAGAUGGAAAAGGAUUAUGUGACAGCUGAAACUCUGGUGCUUGUAAAGGAUCUUCUCAGGAAAUAUCCUCAAUGGAGUCAUGAUUGCAUUGCAGUUGUUGGAAAUAUCAGCAGCCAAAAUGUUCAGGAGCCGAAAGCCAAGGCUGCUCUUAUUUGGAUGCUAGGGGAGUAUGCUCAAGAUAUGCAGGAUGCUCCUUAUAUUUUGGAAAGUUUAAUUGACAGCUGGGAGGAUGAGGAUUCUGCUGAGGUUCGGUUGCAUCUUCUUACUGCUGUAAUGAAGUGUUUCUUAAGAAGGCCACCUGAGACUCAGAAAGCCUUGGGAGCUGCUUUAGCUGCUGGUCUUGCUGAUUUUCAUCAGGAUGUUCAUGAUAGAGCCUUAUUCUACUACAGGCUUUUGCAACAUAAUGUAUCUGUAGCAGAACGUGUAGUGAACCCUCUGAAGCAAGCUGUGUCCGUCUUUGCAGAUACUCAGAGUAGUGAAAUAAAAGAUCGCAUAUUUGAUGAAUUCAACAGCCUCUCUGUUGUAUACCAGAAGCCUUCUUACAUGUUUACCGAUAAGGAACACAGAGGUCCAUUUGCUUUUUCAGAAGAACUUGGAAAUUUAUCUAUUGGAGUAGAAUCUAGAAAUGACGUGGUCUCCGCCCAAAGUGUUGAGGCAAAUGACAAGGAUCUGCUUCUAAGUACCUCAGAGAGGGAAGAAAAUAGAGCUCCUAGUGGCAACGGUUCUGCAUACAGCGCCCCUUCAUAUGAUGCUUCUUCUGCACCCUUGAUUGCUUCUCAGGCUCCAUUGGAGCUCAUACCUUCAAUCAACCCAUUACCAGCACAAGCUCCGCAAACUAGCUUGGCCAUUGAUGAUCUACUUGGUUUAGGUUUGCCAGUUGCAUCCACUCCUGCUCCUGCACCUGCACCUCCUCCUUUGAAGCUUAAUGCAAAGGCUGUACUUGAUCCGAAUACUUUUCAGCAGAAAUGGCGCCAAUUACAAAUAUCUGUAUCACAGGAAUACUCCAUGAAUCCACAAGGAGUGGCGGCAUUAACAACGCCUCAAUCCCUCCUGAGACACAUGCAGGGCCAUUUCAUCCAAUGCAUCGCCUCGGGUGGUCAAGCCCCAAAUUUCAAAUUCUUUUUCUUUGCACAAAAAGCAGAGUCAUCGUCAUCGACCUUUCUUGUAGAGUGUAUAAUUAAUUCAUCAACAUCCAAAGCUCAAAUAAAGAUCAAAGCUGAUGAUCAGAGUUCCUCCGAGGCCUUCUCAGCUUUGUUCCAGUCAGCCUUGUCCAAAUUUGGUAUGUCCUAGUCAUUCAAAUGCAUUUUUGUACUCUGGCAUAGUUUAGGUUUUGGUUUACGUUCUUUCAUGUAAUUCUCUUUGUUUGAGGAAAGAAACAUAGUGAGUGAGAGUUUUCUAUAGCGGUACAUUUCUGUACAAUAUAAGAAUGAUUAGUGUCGGACUGUGGUUGCUUGAUCUCCUAUUUUUUUUCCCUUGUUUGUAGCGAUAUUGUUUUACAAACUUCUCAAGUUGUGUAUUUAAUUUCUUUUACGUACA